AUGGCUCAACCCCAGACUUUCCCUCCUACCACCCUCCCCACGCUUGAUACCCUUGGCACGACUGUAGCCGAUGGCGAAGUCGAUGCGAACGCGUUAGCCACCGAAUGGUUCGACCAGUUCACCCGCGCCGCAAGCGCCGGCGAUGCAGCCGCCACCGUCGAUCUGUUCAUCUAUGGCUCUUACUGGCGCGACAUCCUCGCCCUCACCUGGGACUUUCGCACGUUCCAUGGCGCCGACAAGAUCAGGAGCUUCCUCACCGAUCAGCUGCCCGUUAUGCACCCACGCGACUUUCGCUUGACGCCCGGCUCAGCAGGCUUUUUCCGCCAGUACACGGAUCUCGUCUGGGUUAACGCGCUGUUCACCUUCGAGACGGAUGUCGGGCUUGCUUCCGGCGUCCUUCGCCUCGUACCACAGAAGACUGGACCCUGGAAGUGCGCGAUACUGUUCACCAACUUGGAGGACUUGAAGGGUUUUCCAGAGAGGGCUGGACCGCACAGGAAUCCUAAUCCCAAUCAUGGUCUAUGGGAGGCCCAGCGGAAGCAGGAGCUGGCGUUCGAGAAUACGAACCCCACGGUGCUGAUCAUGGGCGCCGGGCAAAGUGGGCUGGAGCUGGCGGCGCGUUUGAAGGCCCUUGGUGUCUUGACUCUCGCUGUCGACAAGAACAUGCGAGUGGGCGACAAUUGGAGGAAUAGAUACGAUGCGCUGUGCUUGCACGAUCCAGUCUGGUACGACCAUAUGCCGUACAUACCUUUCCCUUCUACGUGGCCCGUAUACACGCCCGCUCGAAAGCUCGCGAAUUGGCUGGAAGCAUACGCGGACGCUCUUGAGCUCAACGUCUGGACAGGGACGACCGUUGUUCAAGCCGAUCAGGACCCGCAGACGGAUAUGUGGAACAUUUUGGUGCGGCGCGCAGACGGCACAGAGCGCAUCUUUAACGUCAAGUACUUCGUCUUCGCUCCCGGUGUUGGUGACGGGUAUGCCGAGCUCCCCAAAUAUCCGGGCAUGGACGAGUUCAAGGGGCAGAUCCUUCACUCGACGUCCCACAAGCGGGCCUCCGAUCAUGCGGGGAAGAAGGUCGUUAUCGUUGGGGCUUGUACUUCUGCGCAUGACAUCGCGUCCGACUAUUAUAGACAGGGCAUAGAUGUGACCCUCUAUCAGAGAAGCUCUACGUAUGUGAUGACCACCAAGAACGGCUUCCCCAUUUUGCAUAAGGGCCUUUACACGGAGGACGGACCUCCCGUCGACGUUGCUGACCGUCUCAACGCGGCAUUCCCCAAUCUUGUCAUGUUCGAGCUCGCCAAGCGCCUCGCAAUCCAGAUCGCCGAGGCGGACAAGGAACUGCUCGAUGGCUUGAAGCGUGUUGGAUUCCGCACCAACAUGGGGUACAAGGACGCGGGUUUCCUGCUGCUCGCUUGGGAGCGCGCAGGCGGCUACUAUUUAGAUGUUGGCGCAAGCCAACUCAUCAUUGACGGCAAGAUCAAGUUGAAGAGCGGUCCGCAUAUCGAGACUUUCACCCCGACCGGGCUCAAGUUCGACGACGGUAGUGAGCUGCCUGCAGACGUUGUUAUCUUCGCCACGGGCAUUGGCUCCGUCCGCCACGCCAUCCGCCGCGUAUGCGGUGAAGAGCUUACGAGCCGUGUCAAGCCCAUCUGGGGCCUGGACGAAGAGGGCGAGCUUAAGGGCUGCUAUCGCGACCUGGGGCCGAAGGGGUUAUUCGCCAUGAUGGGAAAUCUGGCACUCUGUAGAUUCCACUCGAAGCACGUUGCGCUUCAGAUCAAGGCCAUGGAGGAGGGCGUCUUCGGUCAACGUUACUCGCUAGAUUCAAAGGCCUAGACGUGCAUUGUCCGCGAGCUUAAAAAGCUUUGACACUCAACUGUAACUGUUACUGUACUCACUUGUUCCAUCAUCUCCUUACGUCUCUCUGUACCACCAAUUCGUGUUAAUCUUUCGUAUUUCAUGAGCCACAAUGAACAUCAAUUACUC